GGGUAAUGCGUCAUCGACUGGCAGGGGCUCAUUUAAGCGGCCGUGGAGCAGGAAGAGAGAGAGAGAGGCAGAAAGAGUGAGCUCAGAGGAGGCUGGGUGACAUUUUCAGCUCUCCACACCCAAAUCUCAGUUUGCAGGCUGCUGCAGAGCUCGCUCGCCGAGGCUGAGCGCGACACAGGAAGGGGCUGAAUAUUAACCGGCUGAUGGAUUUUUGUUCCAGCAAGUGACUAGAUAACCUUGGAAUGUGGGUGAGAAAAAAAGCUUUGUGUUGACUGAGGUUUCUUACACGUCACAGUGAGGCAAACUGCCACAUUUACGGAUACAAAAGAAGAUCCAUGUGUAGGCAGUCGGAGGUGGAUAAAAGCUGACCUGUUUCCUAUCGGGGAGCAUCUGUUACUUCCUGCUCGUCUGUCACCCUGGGGAAGGCAACGCUUCUCCGUCCCCCCCCUUCCUCUUCAUCCUCAUCACCCCCGUCGUCCUCGCCGCCUUUGAAGUCCGUUUCGGCGCCCCGCUGUGCUCUGACCUCGGGCGUCAGGUGGAAAAGGCUUCGGCUCCCGGGAUCGCCCAUCAUGCACAUCAAGACCACCAAGUGUAACCGCUUCUGCCUGGUCGCCUCCGUGACUAACCAGGAAGUGUUCAGUCGUCCUGAGGCGCAGGUCAGUUUUGAGGCCCUGUUCCGUUCGUUCGAGCCAGAUGUGCAGUUCCAGUACUUCAGGUCUUUCCGGCGGGUCAGGAUCAGCUUCAGUGACGCUCUGGCCGCAGCUGAGGCGAGACUGCGACUGCAUAAGACUGACUUCAAUGGCAAAGAGAUGAGACUCUACUUCGCCCAGUCGGUCCAUAUAGGGAGUCCUCGGCUGGAGCCUCCCAAGCCAGAUAAGCAGUUCCUGAUCUCCCCCCCUGCCUCCCCUCCAGUCGGCUGGGAACAGUCUAAAGACGCGACUCCGGUCAUCAAUUACGACCUUCUGUGUGCCAUCUCAAAACUAGGACCAGGGGAAAAAUAUGAGCUGCACACCGCUACGCCCACCACCCCCAGUGUGGUCGUCCACGUCUGCGAGGACGAGCACGGCGACAGUUCGGCCCCCGACGACAGUGACCAUGAUGACAAGCCCCGCCCCCCGCGGCCAAAGAUCAUCCAGACGCGACGUCCCAACUACAGCCCCGAGGUGGAGCAGUGAGAUGGCGAUGGAGGGAGGGGUGGGGGGGGGGGGGGGGGCGGAGACGGUGUGACGAUAAUAACAUUCCAUGCUGAAGUGACUGGUCAAGUGCUGACCAAGCUCUCUUUGAGGGGUUUGGCACCCGAGUGUGCUGCGAUGUCCCGUAGACGAGCAUUUCAUGAGACGGAGGGAAAACAUAAUGUUGAAUGCUGCAUUCAUGUCCCGUGGGACAAAGACGCAGAUUUCUUUUCAGUUUAGCCAUCAGAUCUGUACCGUGAGUGAAUCUGGAGGUGUGGAGAUGAAACUGUGGGAACCGAUGUAAACCAUUUUCUUUCUUGAUUGUAGUAUUUAAGAUGCUACGGCACAUGGGGACUUUGCUGGAGUUUCGGUUUGUGGUGAUGUUUAAGAAAAGAAAAAAAAAAUCUGAAAUGUAUCAUAAUGCAAGUUUGUGUUUCUGUGACACGGGGCCGGUACGGUGCAAAUAAAGUCAGUGCAAGACCGUGAAAGUUAAUUGGAUGUUCUUCCCACAUGACAUGAAUGCAGCAUCGUCCUGAGAAUAUCACGUUUGCUUUUCCCUCAUCUAGAGUUUGGGAAUUGUGACGGGACAGUCUGAUGAAGAAAAAAUGAUUUUUGCUGGAGUGUUUGCAUAUCUCUGGGGUUGAAGAACUACACUUUACCCAGUGCCAGCUUUUUCUGGUCCUCUUCGAUUGCGUGGUCAUUUGCUUAAGAGGUCACGAUGGCACGGCGGUUCCCCGUUACUCUUCACCGUUGUCACAUGUCUCAGCUCCUCCUCCUCAUUUUUUUGCCGAUGGACGACGAGCCCGGUGGAAGCUCGCCUUACUCACACACACUCGAGACGGGCCUCGGCGUGUAACGGCUCACACUCAGACAUGGCUCCAAGUUGUUGUGUUCCUGUGACGACUCCUAACAGUGUUAUUUGUGAGUUAUUUCGGUUGUCUGUGGUUUGGUUGUAGUUUCUAGCAGAGGAGUGUUGCUAUUUUUCUGACAUUUACAAGCGUUAAAAACCAACGGCUUUGCAAGGCGUUUUUUUAUUUUGGAAUGUACUUCUCUCGCCAAGCUUUGUCAUCUGAGGGCAACCAUAGUAUCUUGUCGGUUUAAAGAAAAAAAAUAAAUAAAAUACACUUUUUUUUUUUUAAGUUCGUACUUGGGCUACAUAGUAUUCUAAAAAAUAGGUAUGCGAAGCACUGUCAUUCAAUCCUGGACACCGGGGCUCAGCACUGCCCUCUUCUGGUGGGUCCCCAUAUGAUAAGAGUGCUUGUAUGUUUUUAUGAUUAGUGUGUGGCCUGUAGUUUUAUGUCUUAUUGUAUUCACACAAGCCGUCUGCAUGUAUAACAAUUGUCAGCAUAUAAUGCUCCAGAAAGCAUGUACUGUGUGUGUGUGUGUGUGUGUGUGUGGUGCUGUUAUUUCUCUUCAGACGGGCGUGUUAACCGUAAAGCAGUGGCGUUUACAGCCUGGUGCACUGUUGUUCAAACUGCGUUCUCAGUGUUACAUUACAGUCUCAUCAGAGGUGUGCCCAGCACAUCACAGACCCUGGAAACACGGACGUUACUCCACAGACCAUAUCUCACUAUUCUGUUACAAAAACCACUCUUUCGUUGAGAAUUUAGAAAAAAACACGAGGAAAGUAAAACUUUGCAACAGAUGUGUCUCUUAUUAAGUGAUUGCCGUCAGCUUUCGUAUUCCUAUCUGUUGCGUUAAACUUAACGUCACCACUGUCCUACACUGUCCACCUCAGACGCUGUAAAAACGUUGAGCACGGCUUCCUGACGUUCAGUUUUUUUUUUUACAUCCUCUCUGACAAAAUCAGUUUGUUUUGGCUUCUGUGAUUGUAAAGCUUCUCCGCGUGGGUCUGAACGGACGGACGACGCCAAGACUAGUUCACUGUGCUAGUUUGCUCGUGGUGAGUUAACUCAGUGCAAAUAUGUAAGUUAAUACUGUGCGCGCCACUAACGCAUUAUAUUCUGGAAUGAAAUAUUUGGGGCUGCAUUAUGGCAUCAUCUCGGGGCUCUGUAUUGUAGAGAGGACCUGAGAUAAAAAUGUAUUUUUAUUACAUUUUAUAUUACGUCGUGUAGUAAAUGUUCCAACCAGCCGAGAGUCACUGCUGUUUGUUGUGCUCCAUCAGCAUUCAGCUUUACCUUUUAAUGUUUUCAGUUUAUGUUGUGCCUGCAAUGGUGCAUUCCAAAGCAUACUUGUCACGUGCAUGUGUCGCGGGCGAUAGAAAGUCAUCACAAAUGUGUUUUGAAGAUUCUCUGAUAUUUUACUGCUCGCGAAACAAGUGCUGAGUGUCGGCAUAUUUCAAAAACUACAAAACGCCCUCAAACAGUUUCACCACCAGAACGUGACUGAAAACUGGGAGGGGCCUUACCUCUGCCAUGGCCCCAACAGUCCCCUUGAGUAAAAAAAACAUACGGUAGCAACUGGAGCGUCGUCAUCGGGCUAGACAAGAAAAGCCUGAGGUGCCAUGUUAAUGACUGGAGCUAGUCUGUUUAUCAUGAUCUUUGAAUGAGAAUUGACUUUGUAUGCGUAGCAACAUUGCUCUCUUGCUCUCCCGUGGUGUGCGUUUGUCUUUGGCUUGAACAUGCUUCAUUUUUGUCAUUUUAGCUUACAAUGGAUCACGUGAUGUACGAAGUCGCGACAGUGAAUUUAAAUGCCACUUUAAGUGGGUUUAGACGGCUGUUCUGGUCGACACAACACCUUUUCUUUUUUUUUGUGAUGGUUCGAAAAAUGUUUUGUGUCAAGUGUUUCUUUCAGACAAUAUUCAUUCAGGGUAAUAGAAUGUUAGCUUGUGGAAGCGGCACUGUGAAAUAUGACGCACUGUCAACAGCUCGUCUGUCCCACAUUACACAACCGGAGUUGGCAUGAGGCUCUUGUCAGUAUAGCUACUUUUGUACUACUGCUAUUUUCCGUUGAUUUGUAUUCAAAGAAAUGACCAUUAUUAACAUUAUUGAGUUACCAUUAAAUAAGGAUUUUGCCAUUGA